GCCGCAAGCCCCUCGGCCGCUUUUUGUCGUUUGAUGUCAAGAGGAGCUUGUUUUCUGGCAAGCGUCUGGCAGAGCAGAUGACAGAUGUAGACGACUCACCCGCAACCAAGCGUUUACGUGAGGCUGAAAACGCCAUCAACAACAUAAGAUUACAGUCACCGGACCUGCCCCAGAAGAAUGAGUGCAUCAAGACCAUGGUCCAGAAGCUGUCCACCGACACCGACGUGAUCGCCGACGGCUCGAGACCUUACAUUCUGCCGACGGUAGCCGGGAAGCAUAAGGAUCUGAAGGCUAUAUCUCCAGAUACGAUGUCCACUGUGUUGAGCGGUUGCUAUAACAGUGAGAUUGGUGACGUCACAGUGAUUGAUUGCCGCUACCCGUACGAGUUUGAGGGCGGACACAUAAAGGGAUCUUUAAACUUGUAUACACGCGAGAUGGUGCGAGACUUCCUCGUUUCACGUGCACAUAACCACGAGUCUUCCACGCGUCACGUGCUGAUCUUCCACUGCGAGUUCUCGUCAGAGAGAGGACCCAAAAUGUACCGUCACUUACGUAGCGAGGACCGCGCCAUUAACUCGGACGUGUAUCCUCGCCUCAAUUUCCCGGAAAUUUACCUGCUCGAGGGCGGCUACAAGGCCUUCUUCAACGCACACGUCAGUCAGUGUGAGCCGCAGACUUACAAGCCCAUGCUCCACAAGGACCACGCGGACGACCUACGUCACUUCCGGGGCAAGUCCAAGUCAUGGACCGCCGGGGAGAGGCCGCGUUGUAUACGAACGAGUCUGCGCUUCUAGAAUGAAUCAUAAGUGACUAGUCUUACGUGGAAACUCUCUUACUAUGGGAAGUAAUAUGUCGUCGGGUCACUAUUUUGGAACCCGAAGUGUUACCCACAGUUUUGGACAUAACUAUGAUCUCGUUAUUUUAUUGUUUCAAUGUAUCGACACAGUUUUGACAUUAUUUAUGACCAUAUGUGUUAUUAAGAGGGGAAAGAUCUGUGAUAGCCCGCGGACAAAUGCUGCUUGCGAUUUGUAUCCCGUUUUGUUCAAUGUUAUUUUUGACGCCUAUGUUUAUUUGUUAUAUCUGUGUGAAAUGUCUUCUCUAUCUUUUUGUUCUGCGGUUUCCUCUCCUGCAUCUUCCUAUCUAUGCGUCUUUUUGUUCGGCAUUGACAUUGUAAAUAGUGUAAACAGAUAAGUUAUUAUUAUGUGUGUUAUGUCGUUGUCUGGUCGUGAUAUGCACAAACAUGCCUAUGUCGUGAUAUGCAUCAACAUGCCUAUGUCGUGAUAUGCAUUAACAUGCCUAUGUCGUGAUAUGCAUUAACAUGCCUAUGUCGUGAUAUGCAUUAACAUGCCUAUGUCGCUAUAUGCAUUAACGGGCCUAUGUCAUGAUAUGCAUUAAAAUGCAGAUUAAUAUGUGUUAAUAAAAUUGCAUCGAAUAACAUGUAUUAACAGGAAUAUGUUAAUGUGAACUUUGUAAUAUGAUAUUUUGGCCAUAUUUGCAUGGUUAAAUUGUGUUGUUGUUUUCACAAAUAAUUGGCAUAUAUCUUGUAUGGAUACGAC